CCAUUUGGAUUCAGAUUUCAGAGCGGCAGCUUCCUCCCUUCCCCUUCCUACUCUCUCCUACUCCUUCCCCUUCCUACUCCACUGACGCGGCCUUCUUCUUGUCUUCCUCUCCCCUUCCCCCUCCCGCCGCCGCCGCCUUCCUCCGCCGGGGCUGGUUCAGCUACUAACCGCGGCCGGGGGGAGGAGAAAGGCCGCCUCUUGUCCGGCCACCUUUCGGCUGGUUCAGCCCACGCGGGAGCCGGAUUGAGAGAUGGAGUCGGCCGCCGGCGGCGGGCUGGGCAGCAUGCGAGCCGUGCUUGCCAUCCUCCAGUGGUGGGGCUUCAACGUCACCGUCAUCAUCAUCAACAAGUGGAUCUUCCAGAAGCUGGAUUUCAAGUUCCCCCUGACGGUGUCCUGCGUCCACUUCAUAUGCUCCUCGAUAGGGGCUUAUGUCGCGAUCCACGUGCUCAAGGCGAAGCCGCUGAUUCAGGUCGAGCCCGAGGACCGCUGGAAGAGGAUCUUCCCCAUGUCAUUCGUGUUCUGCAUGAACAUCGUGCUCGGGAACGUCAGCCUGCGCUACAUCCCUGUCUCCUUCAUGCAGACCAUUAAAUCGUUCACCCCUGCAACCACAGUUAUUCUGCAGUGGUUGGUUUGGAGCAAGCACUUCGAGUGGCGCAUAUGGGCUUCGCUGGUCCCGAUAGUCGGGGGAAUACUUCUGACCUCAAUGACAGAGCUUAGUUUCAACGUUUUUGGUUUCUGUGCUGCCAUGAUUGGCUGCCUCGCCACGUCUACCAAGACCAUCUUGGCAGAGUCCCUGCUCCACGGAUACAAAUUUGACAGCAUUAACACAGUGUACUACAUGGCACCCUUUGCCACCAUGAUACUGGCUCUGCCAGCAAUGUUGCUUGAGGGAGGUGGCGUAAUCGACUGGUUCUACACACAUGACUCUGUUUUUUCUUCGUUGAUCAUCAUCCUAGGCUCAGGGGUGCUUGCGUUUUGCCUCAACUUCUCCAUCUUCUAUGUGAUCCAUUCAACCACCGCAGUGACCUUCAAUGUUGCUGGCAACCUUAAAGUUGCUGUUGCAGUAUUGGUCUCAUGGCUGAUCUUCCGGAACCCGAUCUCCCCAAUGAAUGCAAUCGGAUGCGCAAUCACGCUCGUCGGCUGUACUUUCUAUGGGUAUGUGAGGCAUCUCAUCUCCCAACAGCAGGCUGCUGCCCUCCUGGGGAGCCAAGGAACGAACUCGCCAAGAAGUCGGGUGGAGAUGCUCCCCCUUGUAGGCGACAAGGAAGACAAGGUCUAGCAAGGGAAUACUCCCAUAUUCAAGAGCCGUUCAUUUCAGCGGUUGACGGUACAUUACAGUUUGGGACACAGAUGCUGAGUUGAGGGAGGCCAGUAAAUUGGUAGGGGGGCAACACUUUCUUGUGAAGUUGCAUAUGUUGUACUCAGGCAAACUGUGAGGGUUUGUUCAGUCACUAGUUAUCAUAGGGUUGCUAGUUAUCAACUUAAUCAAACCCCCCCAGGACAAUUCAUGCGAUUAGGAUGGUGCUUCUGUUUUCUUGUUUUGCUGCCAUAUGUUUAGACCUUGAACUGCUGGUAUGAAUAUUGAUGCCAUUAUGAUA